AUGGAUGGGCUCGUUAAGUUCCAAACUGCUGAUCAUGAUCGUUCUCUCAUUGCUCUCUUUAAAUCAUCACCAUCUUCCUCAUCAUUAUCUUCCUCCUCCUCUUCUUGUUCUUCUUCUUCUUCUUGGACCAAUGAAAAAGUUUCCCACGAAGGAGAACAAUCUCAUGUGGCAGAAAAUGAAGCAAUUCAAGGCAUGGGAUUCAUCAAUGGCAUUGUUGGUCACAGUGGAAUAAUGGAGUGGAAGGAUGUGGAGAAACGGUUCGACCAAGUGGCCUGGACCGGGAAUGGCCCUGAACCGGUUGUGACAUGGUCAGAAUUUGGCUUCUGCAUUGGGAUGUUGUCAUCACCAGAGUUUGCCAACGAAUUGCUAAGAGCACUAAGAGGACACAGGGAUUGGAAAUUCAAUAUCACCAAAACUGAAUUGCAUAAAUUUUGGUUUCGUAUGAAAGAUGAUUCCAUUAACUCAAGAAUGCGAAUCUUCUUUGACAUGUGUAACAGAAACAUGGAUGGAAGAAUUACCGAGAUGGAUAUAAAGCAGACAAUUUUAUUAACUGCUUCUACAAAUAAGCUAUCCGUGACACAUGAAGAAGCAGAGGACUAUGCAGCUUUGUUCAUGGAAUCUCUCGACGACAAAAACAAAGGCUACAUUGAGAUAUCUCAAAUGGAGUCUCUAUUCAAGGCUAGCCUAACAAAACCAGCAUCAUCAACAAGAGGCACACAUGAUGUUCACGACAGUGACUUAUGUGAAGAACAAGAACCAAUGUCAAGGGCAGAAGUGUUGUUUAGAACCUAUUGGCGACGAGCUUGGAUUGUACUAGUUUGGUUGCUUGCAUGCUUUGUGUUAUUUGCGUGGAAAUUUAUUCAGUACCGACAUAGAUCAGGCUAUGAAAUCAUGGGUUAUUGCCUUCCCACGGCCAAAGGUGCAGCUGAAACCUUAAAACUCAACAUGGCUCUUGUUCUUCUCCCUGUUUGUAGAAACACAAUCACAUGGCUCCGCAAGAACCAUCAUGUUAACUCUGUUAUUCCCUUUAAUGACAACAUUAACUUUCAUAAGCUUAUUGCAGGAGGAAUAGUGGUGGGUGUGAUAUUGCACGGUGGGACUCAUCUUGCAUGUGAUUUCCCAAGAAUUAGUGAGUCUGAUAGAUCAAUUUUCCGGCAAACAAUUGCGGCGGGAUUUGGGUAUCACCAACCGACGUACAUGGAAAUAUUGACGACUACUGAGGUGGCGACUGGGAUUGGCAUGGUGGUGUUAAUGGCCAUUGCAUUUUCAUUAGCAACCAAGUGGCCAAGGCGUCGCUCAACUGUGCUACCCGUGUCCCUAAGACGUGUCACUGGAUACAACACCUUUUGGUACUCGCACCAUUUGUUUGUCCUUGUCUAUGCAUUGCUCAUUGUUCACUCUAUGUUCUUGUUCCUAACCGACAAGUUGAUGGAGAAAACGACAUGGAUGUACAUUGCUUUUCCAGUUUUAUUGUACACUGGAGAGAGGGUCUUUCGAGCCAUUAGAUCAGGAUCUUACGAAGUCGAUAUUUUGAAGGCAAGUCUCUAUCCAGGAAAAGUUCUGUACCUCAAAAUGCAAAAACCAGAAGGUUUUAAGUACCAGAGUGGCAUGUAUAUAUUCCUUCAGUGCCCCCAAAUUUCGUAUUUUGAAUGGCAUCCAUUUUCCUUGACUUCAGGGCCACAAGAUGACUACCUUAGUGUGCACAUAAGGACUCUUGGAGACUGGAGCUACCAAUUAUAUGCUCUAUUCCAAGAGGCAGUGAUAUCAGGAUUACAAGGGUGUCCAAAAUUAUACAUAGAUGGCCCUUAUGGUUCUGCUUCUCAAGACCAUGUAAAGUAUGACAUUCUGGUACUAAUUGGCCUUGGCAUAGGAGCCACACCUUUUAUUAGCAUCCUCAAAGAUGUAACUAAAGGUGUCCAGACAGCACAAAGUGAUCAUAGUGGUCUCAGAGAAUGCAGCUUAACAAAGGGUCCAUUAAAAGCAUAUCUCUAUUGGAUUACAAGAGAGCAAAACUCCUUUGAUUGGUUUAGAGAUGUCAUGAAGGAAAUCUCAAAUUCAACCAAAAAGCAGUCGGUUGUGGAGAUGCACAAUUUUCUGACCAGUGUAUAUCCGGAGGGAGAUGUUCGUUCAGCUUUGCUAAGUGUCAUUCAGGCCUUGCACCAUGCCAAGAAUGGAAUUGACAUGGUUUCCAGAACUCCAAUACACACACAUUUUGCUCGACCAAAUUGGUUCAACAUAUUUUCCAGAUUGGCUCGCAAGCAUGGAGGAGCUAAGAUUGGGGUUUUCUAUUGUGGCCCAUCUAAUUUAGCAAGAGAAUUGAAGAAGUUGUGCACCAAAUUUUCCACCAAAACCACAACGAGAUUUGUUUUCCACAAGGAAAAUUAUUAA